AUGUCGGAUACCACAUCUUGGGACCUCGCUUAUGGUCCGCCCGCUUCCAGCCCGCCUGGAGAAGGGGAUGAUGGGAGCUGGCUAUGUACGGACGAACCGUACUUGAGCCAGAUCAAAGCAUCCUGUAGUCUUCAGCCCACUCUUCGUCUGCCUGAUCCAAGAAACUAUGCCGUCCCGCUAUGCAAUAGAUCAGCUCGAGCCACGCUAUUUAGCUUUUCUGGAGAUGGUGCUCCUCAGCGCAGCGACUUCAUUGGCGUCGAGGGCCCAGAGAAACUCGCCCUUCAUUUCCAAAACCCCCGACCGGCUCAAAAUGUAUACUUGUUGGAGGGACUUAAUCCGGCGUAUAUUGCAGUAUUUGGCGAUGCUCUCCGUAUAGAUCCAAGGUUUUUCGCCGACCAUGACCGCAACUCUGCGGAUCUCAGUCUUCCAUUCGAACCCAGCAUCAUCACUCGUUUGCCUUCACUUUUGAACCAAGACCGGUCGAUUAUGAUGGGAUACCACGAGCUGCGAAAUCCAGAUAGAAGAUUCGAGUCCUUCAACGUCUCAUGUGCUGAGAGUGGGAGAGAUAUGUGGACAAGCAGGCUUGCCCAGGGAUGGGAAUAUCCUAUCAUUCUUCAUCAGAAGUGCUCGGCCUGGACCACUGUAUUCCAGGACGCCAAUAGCUGGGCAGUAUUAAUACUCUGUGAUCCACCGAUCAGAAAGGCCCAUCUCUGGUCUAAACAGGCAUCCUCAAAAUGGGAAUACGACCUGAUCAGUAUGAAAACGACCCCUUUCCAAGGGGGAUAUGCUGAUUUUGUCCCUCGUUCAUUUCCUCAACAUCCAGAUGACCAAUUUGAAGGCCCUCCGAGGGAUGGGCUACAUGAUGACCUUUGCUAUUAUCUUGCUACAGCACACAGUACUCUACCCGGGGGCGUGAAGCUACCUCAGCAUGCGACUGUCUUUAUGAAGAAGAUUAUAGCAUCGCACUAUUUACAACUUAUAUCCUAUCACCAGGCCAAUCUAGCAACAAUGGAAUACCCGCUCCAGCGAAUAGUUGGGCUUGGCCAGUUGAAAAUCCCCCAACUUCAACAGCAGUGGAGCGAUAUUCAACUAAUGUGCGCCCGAUGUGCUCACUAUCUGAUGACCGCCUCCUCCAUUAUGACGCAGUUAGGCAUCCCUCUAGAAUAUCCGAGCAGAGGAAGCAUCAGUAACACUACGUGGACAGAGUCCAACCUUGACUUUCAAUACAUUCAUCAUGAGCUGAACAGGCUCGUAGAAAGAGCACUUUUCUUCAAUGAGUCACUCACAGGUUUGACGGGGAUUGUGGGAAACGAACAAGCACUGGCUGAGACAAGGCGGUCAAUCCGUGAAGCGAAAGCGGUCAAGGCCUUGACCCUCGUCGGUAUGGUAUUCAUCCCUUUGGCUUUCACAACUGGUCUCUUUAGCAUGUCGGAUGAGUAUCUGCCUGGGAUGGAGAAAUUCUGGACCUUUUUCGCAGUUUCGGUGCCUUUGGUCUUAAUCGUCUUUAUUGGCACAAGUCUAUUUGAUAUUGGGUAUGAUGCCAGUGGGAGCUGGCAUAUAGACAUUUUCAGAAAACGGCUGUACGAGCUACCGUCCUCACUUUGA